UUGGUUGGGUUAUUUAGUGCGGCAAAACCAUCACUCGGGGCUACAUAUUCCAACCUAAUGAUGAUCAGCACCAACUUUUAGACCCAUGUUGGCGGAUUGUUUCUGUAUGUAUGCGUUUAGUGUCAACUGGUGAGCGAGAGGUGGCAUUGUGACAGCAACCCUUACUGUCCCUGUGUUGUGCAGUAUAUUCACAGCUCGAAGCUCCGCCAAAGGUCGCGGUGGGACAGGUCUCAAAAGCCAUGAUUCCGCUCGGCGAGUGUAUGUAUGCGGGCAGAAAACGGAGGAAACCAAUUCAGAAACACAAGUCAGCAUCGACCAGUGUGAAGUCCAAUCCAUCUAAAAGACACAGAGACCGUCUGAAUGCUGAGUUAGACCACCUGGCCAAUCUCCUGCCAUUUCCACCAGAUAUUAUUUCCAAAUUGGAUAAACUUUCCGUCCUACGCCUCAGUGUCAGCUACCUUCGAGUGAAAAACUUCUUCCAAGCCUUUGAGGAGACAGGGUUGAGGAAGGAAUCCCACCAACUUAUCAACCAUGACAUGAGGGACAGUCAGCCCACCCUCUUGACUGAAAAUUGGCUGUCAGAAGGGGAGCUCCUGCUAGACGCACUGGAUGGGUUCAUACUUCUAGUGAGUGCAGAUGGAAUGAUAUUUUACGCAUCUCCCACAAUCAUCGAUUACCUGGGAUUUCAUCAGACUGAUGUGAUGCACCAGAGCAUGUACGACUUCAUCCAUGUCGAUGAUCGGCAGGAGUUCCAGAGGCAGCUGCACUGGGCCAUGAAUCCACCACAGCAGGUACCUGAGCUGGAGCCUCCAGGACAGGGAGCUAGUGGUGAUGAGUAUCUGCGUUCUUUUAAAGUUCACGACCCGAAGAUUCUGCCGCCAGAGUUUUCUCCAUUCUUGAACCGUUGUUUCAUCAGCCGAGUGCGUUGCCUGUUGGAUAGCACUUCAGGAUUCCUGACAAUGCAGUUCCAAGGCAGACUGAAGUACCUCCAGGGACAGAGGAAGAAAACUGGGUCUGGUGCCAAUCUUCCACCGCAGCUGGGUUUGUUCUGUAUUGCCGUGCCCCUGUUGUUUCCUCCCAUCAGUGAGAUGAAGCUGAAAGGCUUGCUCCUCAAGGCCAAGCACAGGCUCGACCUCAGCCCUGCCACACUCGAUGCAAAGGGCAAAGCAGCCACAGGAUGGUCAGAUGCAGAACUGCGGGCAAGGUCGGGUUGCCACUACGUCCACUUCACAGACAUGCUGUACUGCACAGAGAACCAAAUACGAAUGAUGAACACUGGAGAAAAGGGCCUCACGGUCUUCAGAGUGCUCACAAAGGAAGGCCAAUGGGUUUGGCUCCAAUCUAAUGGUCAUCUGCCCUGCAGAAAUAAAUCCCCAGAAUAUGCCAAAGUGCUGAAAGAGGAACUCAAGGAGGUAGAGAGAUCCAAGGAGGAGCAUCUGAGGAACCAAUCAGACGCUGACCAAUCUGAUAGUGUCAAUAGACUAGUGUACAGCAACUGCACUGAUACAUCUCUGCAGUUCAAACAUGUGUAUGAGCAACACCUGGCAAAAGAAGGGAGAGAAGAUAAAUAUGAGCCCAUUAGAAAUGAUGGUGGCAUCAACCAAAAUGAGCCACUUAACUUUUGCACCUCAUUUCCCAGGGCUCCAAAGGUUACCAUUGUGGAUGAUUUAUGGGGUCCAGAGUACUCCAGGGAUGUGUCAAAUUCACAGUCCCCAAGAACUGCGGAGAGGAUAAAUAGUGGCCCUGUUCGGGUGGCUAAACCUUUUGGAGGCAGAAGCAGAUUGCUGUCCGAGCCCCAGCUCAGGGGUAGCACCCAGGCCUCCAGCUUUCAAAACAUAGCUCAGAGCUUUAGGGGUAUCGGAGAGGAGGUGCAGCAGAGCCAGCCCUAUGGCACCUUGCACUACACUGACCUGGAGGGCUACCCAUCUGAAAGUUGUAAAUCAGAAGAUGUCGGGUCGAUGGCUGAUUUUACUGCUCGCAGGCCGAAGGAGCAUCCUGCGGGAUACUGCAACAGUGCAGAAAUGUUCCUGGGAGUGCACAUCAAAAGUGAAUAUAGUCCUGAAACGCACAGUGAAUUGGACGAGCCCUUGGGAUCUCCAAGUCAACAGUGGGUUGACACCGGAGAAAUGGGGAAAAAGAUGGCAACGAGCUUCCUGCCACAGGUUAAGUGCGAUCCCACGCUAGAGCAGUUGCCACCCUGCAAAAAACUGAAACCUCCCCUGCCACCUCCAUUCUGCAGGGCCAAUGUGGCCAAGGGCAGCAGCCUGUGGAUGGCAGGCGGUGCAUGUAGCCACAACAGACUGUUGAAACAUGGCACGGACAUGGCUCAUUUCAGUCCGCAGAGAGCCUCCCAUUCCCGUUGCACUCACAGUGAUCAACCUGCGGACUGUUUUCAGGCAGGUGCCUUCCCACACCAUCCCAUCCAGGACAAGAGUCCAAGUCAGGAGACAUAUAAAAUACCGCCACAGUUCAAAGAUCAUGACCGAUUCCACACAGUCAUCAAACGAGAGCCCUCGCCCUCUUCUCCUUGGUCCUGCAACAAUCCACACAACAUACAGACAACCUUACAAAGAAAUAUGCCCAGCUGUUUGAUAAAUUCAUUGACUCACAAAAUUACACAGAAUACAUAUUUGUAAUUUUUGUUUUAAAAAGAAGAAAUUGUUCUACUGUUUUUUCAAAACUCCUUUGCUCCAGGAAUUUUGUAUGAAAGUAUUUACUUUGCUGUAAACCCUAAUGUAUUACCCAUCAACGUUUAUUUUGCAAACAUAUGUUGUAUGAAGAUUUUUAUUAUAAUUUGCUUAUGAUGAUAUAGCUUAUGAAUGUUAGCGGUCUUGGAGUACAAGAAAAACGGUGAAAUAUUGAUUUUAAAAAGUCAGUUGUGUCUGAGGAACCCACAGAUAGAACAACUGUUCGUAUAUAUACAGUGCUUUUAACAUAUAAAACACCCCAAGGCACUUCACAUAAGCAUAAUCAGAAAAAAUUUGGCACUAAGCCCUGUAAGAAACAUUAGGACAGGUGACCAAAAGCUUGGUCAAAGAGGUAAGCUUUAAGGAGUGUCUGAAAGGAAGAGAGAGAGAGAGUUAGUGAGACAGAGAGGAUUUGGGGGCGGGGAAUUCCCGAGCUUAGGGCCUAAAUUUCUGCAGGCAUGGCCACAGUGGAAUGGAAUAAAUCCCUGAUUUUAACCCUGCUUCCCCUAGGAUAUUGAAACGCUGGACAGUUAGAAUUAGGGCAACAGUCUGGUUAAAACAUAUAUAGAUGGUCCAAUACAAAAAGAAAUUUAACCUCUUCUUAUCAUCCUUGUCCAAAGAUUAAUAUUUCAUGGUAUCAGUCUGUAAGUGUUAACAUGGCUGACCCACUGUUAAAGAUAUUAAAGCCCAGCCUUGUCUAGUCUUAACCUGGUUACUUCCAGCACUGGUUGCUGGACUGCACCAAGGAGAGAUGGGAUGUACUUCAUCCUAGAAUGACAACUUUGAGGUUAAUUGCAAUGCACCCUGUGAUGCUUAACUAACUCCACACAGGUCAGAGAUUGAAUCCAGGACCUCCCUUUCUCAGUAUCACACCUGGUGAUUGUUUUUUUUUUCCAUUUAAAUCGUCUAAUGUAUGAUUAUUUGCAUUGUUAUGAUAUGCACAUGAUGCAGACAGCAUAAUGUGCAGAUAUUUUUCUUGUUCUUUUGCAAUGCAAACAAGGUUGAGAGGGAACCUGACAGAGGUGUAUAAGAUAAUGAGAGGCAUAGAUAGGGUGGAUUGGAAGUUACUUCUUCCAUUAGUAGAGGGGUCAAUAACCAGGGAACAUAGAGGUAGAAGGCUAGGAGGGGGAGUUGAGGAGAAAUCUUUUCACC